GUUCUCUCUCCUUUUUCAGCUUUACACAUCUCUCUCUCUCUCUCUUCUCUCUCUCUCUCUCCUGCCUGUCUGACAGUGAGCUUUCUUUCUGAUGUGUAAUGAACUGAAAGCUGAGUUGGACUUUUGGAUUCUUCGGCUCACCGCUUUAACUCAUAAAACAGAAUCCUUUCCGCUUUCGAGUUAAUUAAUUUCAGAUAGCUGUCUCUGAAUUCCUAACUUGAUGCCUGUCGAUUGGUAUUUCCUCCCCUCUCAUGUCUACUCACAGGUAGCACUACUCCAGUAGGAGUAUAGAUUAGCUCUCUCUUUACUUUAUUUUUCCCCCAAACCCAGCUCAAAUUUCUGUACCAAACCAAACUUCAUACUUAUUCCUCCUUGGGUUUUAUCCAACUCUCUUUAAUUCCUUUUCUUGUUUAUUUCAUUGGGUUUUUUUUUUCUGUGAAAGCUCUUUCCUUUUCACCUAGAUAAACUUCAUGUCUGUGCCUUCUUGGGUUUUAUCCAACUUUCUUUUGUUGCUUUUCUUGUUUAUUUCAUUGGGUUUUUUUUUCCAGUUUGAUCCAGAUUUCUUUCUAUAAAAGCUCUUUCCUUUUCACCUUCUCCUUGAUAAGUUGUCAGUCUUUCGAGGAAAGCUUUUCUGGGUUUCCUUUCUUUCUUUGCAUAAACUAGGUUUAAGCUCUUCUUAAUCUGUUUCUAGAUCCAUCUUGGUUAGAUUGCGGUCCAUCACCAAAUCUGCCUGUUCUUAUUUGGGUAAGUGAGAAAACAAGUUAUGGGAUGGUUUUCGUUGGCUCUUGGGGUGUUCUUAAUGGUUUCACUUGGGAUGCAAUCAGUGGGUGGGAUUGGUGCUAACUGGGGCACACAGGCCAGCCACCCGCUGCCGCCGGACACGGUGGUGACGCUGCUGAGGGAUAAUGGGUUUCAAAAGGUUAAGCUCUUUGAUGCUGAUUAUGAUUCACUGAAGGCUUUGGGAAAGUCAGGGGUUGAGGUUAUGGUUGGUAUCCCAAAUGACUUGCUUGCAACUUUUGCUACAAGCGUGAAAGCAGCUGAAAGAUGGGUUUCCAAGAAUGUCUCUACUCAUAUCUCCACCAACAACGUCAACAUCAGGUAUGUUGCGGUCGGGAAUGAACCCUUCUUGACAACAUACAACGGGAGCUUUCUCACAACAACAUUUCCCGCUCUCCAAAACAUCCAAUCUGCCCUAAUAAAGGCCGGUCUUAGCAGUCAGGUCAAGGUGACAUGCCCACUUAAUGCUGAUGUUUAUUUGAGCUCAACUGGCGUUCCUUCCGGUGGCGACUUCCGAGCUGACAUUCACGAUCUCAUGAUUGCCAUUGUCAAGUUCUUGAGCGAUAACGGUGCUCCUUUCACCGUCAACAUCUAUCCAUUCAUAAGCCUCUACACGGAUUCCAACUUCCCAGUGGAGUAUGCCUUCUUCGACGGUAAUGCGUCACCUAUAACUGAUGGCGGGAUGAACUACUACAACAUGUUUGACGCGAAUCAUGAUACCCUUGUGUGGGCCCUGCAGAAGAACGGGUUUGGAAACUUGCCCAUAAUCGUCGGAGAAAUUGGGUGGCCUACCGAUGGUGAUGUAAAUGCCAACCCUACCUACGCCCAAAGGUUCAACCAAGGAUUCAUGUCCCAUUUAUCGGGCGGGAAAGGAACACCAAUGAGACCUGGACCCAUCGAUGCAUACAUGUUUAGCUUAAUCGACGAGGACGCGAAGAGCAUCCAACCGGGAAAUUUUGAACGUCACUGGGGGAUAUUUGCGUAUGACGGAUCACCAAAAUAUCCGCUAAACCUAGGUACAACAAAUUCAAACGCUUUGGUACCCGCAAAAAAUGUGCAGUAUCUAGAGAAGAAGUGGUGUGUCAUGAAGCCGUCGGCAAAACUUGACGAUCCACAAGUGGCCCCCAGCGUAAGCUACGCCUGUUCGCUUGCCGAUUGUACGGAGCUAGGGUACGGGACCACGUGCGGAAAUCUUGACGCUCGCGGGAAUAUUUCGUACGCGUUCAACAGUUACUACCAGAGGAAUAAUCAGCAAGACGAGGCGUGCAAGUUCCCCAACCUCUCCAUGGUUACGAAAACAGACCCAAGUCCACAGAAUGGGAAUUGCAAAUUCGGGAUUAUGAUCCAGCCAUACUACGGCGGUGCUGAGAGGAGAUUCGGGCGUAUCGGAAGAACAUGGGGAUUGGCAGCCGCAAGCUCCAUUUUCUUGUUGUGGACAAUGUUGUAAUCUCAUUUUUAAUUUUCUCAAACUGUCUCAUUUGCUUCUCUUUAGGAGUAGGUUUUUCAGAAACUGGAGUGGAAUUGGUGAAAGAUUGAUGAUUACCGGAAGCAUGCAUGAUUUGGUGAUCAGUUUUGCAGUCUAGGCAAACAAUUUCAUACCAUGGGUAGUUUGCAGGAUGUAAUGUUAUGUUUGUAAUGAAUGGUGUAUUAUGCAUGAUUGAUGCGGGAUGCCUGAUGGAGUUAUUGGGUGGUACGGGGCAUUUUGAUUCGCAUUUUUAAAUUUCCUUUUCUUUUUCUUUUUUCCUUGUAAAUAAGCAGUCGGUGCAAAUCAUGAAUUCAAAAUCGAUCGAACGUUUUGUUUUCAA